AGGAACCGGCUGCUCGCUGUCCUGUUAGAGAGCAGGGAGACAGGUCAAAGUGACAGGGCAGUCCUGGUUGUUUUAGGAAGAAUAAGAAGACCAAUUUUUAAUUAAACAAGAGCCCUGUCCCUGUCAAACAACGUGCAUGUCUUUCAUUCACCGUAUGCUAUUACAGCUAGCUAACCGGUUGCGUCAGACUUGUGAUAUCAGUCCGUGCAGAAGAUUUGAGGACCGGCGUGCGAACAGCUGAGAGUGGACAGCAGCGGAGUGACCGAUCAACGGAAAGAAGAAAGGAAAAACAGAUUCAGCGUCCUGAAGAGCCAUGGAACUAUCACUGGCCCACCCAGCAAUCAAAGCCUUCAUGUGCGGCUCCGUCAGCGGGACAUGCUCCACGCUGCUCUUCCAGCCUCUCGACCUGGUCAAGACCCGUCUGCAGACUUUGCAGAGCGGCAUGCAGCCUGGUUCGGGCCGAGUGGGGAUGGUGACUGUGCUCCUGAGCGUGGUGCGAACAGAGAGGCUGCUGGGACUGUGGAAAGGAGUUUCACCGUCCUUUGCUCGGACCAUCCCCGGCGUCGGGAUCUACUUCAGCACCUACUACUCCCUGAAGCAGCACUUCCUGCAGGACCGCAGCCCCGGGGCCGCCGAGGCCGUGCUUCUGGGAGGCUCGGCCCGGACGGUGGCGGGCGUCUUCAUGCUGCCGGUCACCGUCAUCAAGACACGCUUUGAAUGUGGCAGGUACAGUUACGGGAGCGUGACCGGUGCUCUGCGCAGCGUGUGUCGGACCGAAGGUCCUGGCGCUCUGUUCUCCGGCCUGAUGGCCACUCUGCUCCGAGACGUUCCUUUCUCCGGUAUCUACGUCAUGUUGUACAGCCAGGCCAAGGCCUCGCUGCCAAAAGAAAUGCGCUCGUCUGCGUCUGCCCCGCUGGCUACCUUCAGCUGCGGGGUCGUGGCGGGCGUGUUGGCGUCUCUGAUCACGCAGCCGGCCGACGUGGUUAAAACGCACGUCCAGGUGAAUCCACAGCUGAGGACGGCGCUGGCGAUCCGACACAUCUACACGGAGCACAGGCUGCAGGGUUUCUUCAGAGGGGCGGUGCCCCGGGCUCUGAGGAGGACCAUGAUGGCCGCCAUGGCGUGGACGGUCUACGAGCAGAUGAUGACCAGUAUAGGACUGAAGUCCUGAAGGGAGAAAAGGAUGACGAGAAGCUUGUGAAAGAGAACAGAAGAGAGUCACAGAGUGACGACCGUAAUGUUAACAGGAAGGAAGGAUACGCCUGAGAGUUCAAGACUUUGAAUGACUUCAGAUAUUUCGCCAGGUGAAUGAAGCCACCUGGUGUCUAAGUGACUAACCCACCUUACAGGAGACCUCAUGUGGAGACUCUUCACUGGCUGACGCUGGAACCAGACUUUAGGCCAGGGCUUUGUUACUCUGGAGAACAUAUUCUAAAGUGCACAUAUUAUGCUUUUGGGCUUUUUCUCGUUCCUUUAUUGUGUUAUAUAUCUUUUUUUGUGCAUGUUAUACUGUAGGUUUACAAAGUGAAAAAGCCCAAAGUCCCCCCCAAAGG